AUGCCUACCUCAGAUGAGUUUGAACUGCAGCUGGCGGUUGUGCAGACUGUGGAUAAUCUUUUGCGUGCCGAAGCUUUAGAGUCAUGGCAGGACAUGAACAGUACGGAGCAGGCGCAUACCGCCACCAUGCUACUGGACGUCAUGGAGAAAGGAGCCUUCCUGUUGGCCAAUAACAUGUACAAUAAUCACUUCUCAGACCAUGCUGCCAAUGUCGAUCUAGAGGUGCGCGUGUUGAACACAGAGACAGAGUCUCAGGAUUUGUCGUUCCCUCAGAACGGUCCCAGUGACAGCAGCAUCCAGCUCUCGGCCUCCACCUUCAAACAGUACAGCCGCAACGGCCAGGUAAAAGUGGUCUUUGUGCUCUAUAAGAAUCUGGGUUCGUUCCUGUCCACUGAAAACGCCACCGUGAAGAUGGAAAUGGAGGCGGGGCCUGGUGGGCGGGGCCUGGCAGUGAAUUCACACGUCAUCGCAGCUUCGAUCAAUAAAGAGUCCAGUCGAGUGUUUCUGACCGAGCCUGUGGUGUUCACACUUAGACAUUUACAGCUGGAGAAUCAUUUCAGUCCAAACUGUUCAUUCUGGAACUACUCCGAGCGUUCGAUGACGGGCCAGUGGUCAUCUCAGGGCUGCAGGCUGAUGGAAACCAACAGCACACACACAACUUGUUCUUGUAGCCAUCUAACCAACUUUGCCGUGCUCAUGGUACACCACGAACCUGACUAUCCAGGCAGGAUGCACGAGUUGAUCCUCUUUGUGAUCACAUGGGUGGGUAUCGUCAUUUCACUGGUGUGUCUCGCCAUCUGUAUCUCCACCUUCUGCUUCCUGCGAGGCCUGCAGACUGACCGCAACACCAUCCACAAGAACCUGUGCAUCAACCUCUUCAUCGCCGAGCUCCUCUUCCUCAUCGGCAUCGACAAGACGCAGUACCACAUUGCAUGCCCCAUUUUUGCAGGCCUGCUGCAUUUCUUCUUCCUGGCUGCAUUCUCCUGGAUGUGUCUGGAGGGAAUCCAGCUGUAUCUGAUGCUGGUGGAGGUCUUUGAGAGCGAAUACUCCCGAAAGAAAUACUACUACCUGUGUGGCUACUGCUUUCCUGCCCUGGUGGUGGGCAUCUCGGCAGCCAUUGACUACCGCAGCUACGGGACUAAGAAAGCGUGCUGGUUGAGGGUGGAUAACUACUUCAUCUGGAGUUUUAUCGGCCCUGUGUCCUUCAUUAUCAUGUUGAACCUGGUGUUCCUCAUGAUAACACUUCACAAGAUGGUCCGUAACUCUUCCGCCCUCAAACCCGACUCCAGCCGCCUGGACAACAUCAAGUCCUGGGCUCUGGGGGCUAUCGCAUUGCUCUUCCUUUUGGGUCUGACCUGGGCCUUCGGCCUCCUCUUCAUCAAUGAAAACACCAUCAUCAUGGCGUAUCUUUUCACCACCUUUAAUGCCUUCCAGGGCAUGUUUAUCUUCAUCUUCCACUGUGCUCUGCAGAAAAAGGUGCAUAAGGAGUACAGCAAGUGCCUGCGUCAUUCUUACUGCUGCAGUCGCACCUCCACUACGAGCUCUCAUGGAUCGCUGAAGAAUUCUGCCCUUCGUGCCAACAACCGCUACUACACUGGCAGCCAGGCACGUCAUGCAGCGGUACACAGACAGAGUCGAAUUCGUCGUAUGUGGAACGACACGGUGCGAAAGCAGACAGAGUCGUCUUUCAUGGCUGGAGACAUCAACAGCACUCCCACUCUCAACCGUGGUACAAUGGGGAACCAUCUUCUAACCAACCCCGUGCUGCAAACCCGUACAGGAAGUUCACCCUACAACACGCUGCUGGCUGAGACGUUUACCCCUCCCUCGCCUGGGGUCUUCAACUCUACUGGAACUUUCCGUGACCCAAAGAGCACACUGUCUAAGAACCGAGAUCACGGAGGCAUGGAGACGCUACCUCUGAACGGGAACUUCAACAACAGCUAUUCUCUGCGUAGUGUCGGGGGUUCGGGAGCUCCCGGGGGCAGCUGUGACUUCCUGGGAGGCGGAGGUGGAGAUAGCCCCCCUCCCCUGCUCAACCCCCGCAGUUCAGAAACUCUCGGCAGCAUACGGAGAAACCUCUCGGACGCAGCGGCGUUCGAGAAGAUGAUCAUAUCAGAACUUGUGCACAAUAAUCUACGAGGCGGUGGAGGGGCUGGGGGCGCUGACAGAACAUGUGGCAGCCUGGUCAGAGGACAUGGGCACAUGGGAAUGGGGCGGGGCAGAGGCGGUGCGGAGCCAGCGAUAGGCAUAGAGGACGACGAAGACUUUCGUUCUAGAGAACCGCGUCAGCGCACGCCGCAAGACAUGGAACUCCUUUACAAGGCUCUGGAGGAGCCCCUGCUCCUGCAGCGUGCCCAGUCCGUGCUCUACCAGAGCGACCCCGACGAGUCCGAAAGCUACACGGCCGACCUGACCGAGAGUUUGGGCCACAGCGGCCAAAGCGCAGCAGGCCAGGGUCACAACGGAGCCCCCGAUUCGCCUGCGCGGGACUCCCUCUACACCAGCAUCACCAACCUGCAAGAUUUGCCCUACCCCGAAAGCAGCCCAGAGCCGCUAGAAGUGGUUCCACGCUCGGCCCAGCCUCCGGAGGAGCUGUACUACAGCUCGGGUCGGCCCGCCAUAGGCUCCCGCGGAGCCCCCAUGCAGACCUUCUACCAGGCUCCACCUAGGAGACCGAGCACUGAAGCCCACCCCGCCCCUGAGCCCCCUCACAGUGAGGGAGAUGGACAGAUGCAGCUGGUCACAAGCCUGUGACCACGAGAAAGAGGUGGAGGAGAAAGAGCACCACAGGGUCUGAUGCAAAGUGCCGAUGGCGUUGAUGGACUCCUCUCCUGUCUCUGACGCCCUCCUUAUGUCUGGUUGCCUUUUUGCUCUUUCAUUUGUUUUGAAGUAAGAGGUAAGGAAAGCCUAAACAGGGAGAGUGACAGAGAGGUUUGUCUCCAUGGCAGCAGGCUCUCUGAAGUGCUGUGUAACCACUCUGCUUUCUCAUCAACAUCAUUUUCUCGUCCCUCCUCACGCACACACAUAGAGAAAGAGCGAGUCCAACUAUUUGCCUUCUCUCAAUGGAUGUCUCUGCCUUCAGCUCACUCUGCUCCAAAAAUAUCAUCAAACUUCACACCGGGCUUCUAUUUCUGUGUUUUAUUUCAAGUCAUAUCUUUACAAUGUUAUUUUUGCCUAACUCCUUACCUUCGCUUUCCUUUCUCUGUCUUUCUCCAUCAUUAUUUGAUGAGAGCUGUUACGCGAGGAUGUGGGGUUAUGCCAAUAUACUGCAAGUGACAAAAAUCUCUCUGAAUGCUCUUCAGUGUUGCCAAAAAUAACUGUUUUUGAGCCAGGACACAAACUGGAAUCUAUACACAUGCACACACUCACAGAAGUGCUUGUUACUGAACAUCAAGAGUGUGAACAUAUGCUCAUGAAAAAGGAAAACAAGGACUAUUGUUCAGACACAGGUAGCGGGAAGCUGCCUCAAUGGAGUUGCCUUUAUUUCUCUCUCUGAACUGACUCUUCUGUAUAGAACAACCACAGAGACUGGGAACGAGGGGGGGAACGUUAGGACACAACCCAUCGUCAGCUGGGUCGUUUGAAGCCUCUCGGCCAUGGGACCUCUUGUGAAUUAAACUCUGUAGGGUUUCGUCUCUGAUCCACAGAUGGGGGGGUGGAUUAAGGACUGAACCUGCUCUCCGAAUCACUGAUGGAUGUUGUAGGUGGACGUGCUGUAUCACCUGUGUUAUUGUGGCUAGAAGAUUUUUUUUGCUACCGCUCCAGCCAUUCUUCGAGUCCGACCUCUGUACAUAUACGAACCACAUGAAAGCAAAAGCAAGUCUUACUCUACUCGUCUCCUGUACAUAGAAGAACAAAAGCAACAAAAAAGUAUCAAAUACUAUGAAAAACAGUUCUUGUACUGCAACAGAAAUCGAAAAUAAAGAUGUUUUAAAGUUUGUGUCCUAAACACCACGCCAGUCUAUCCCUCUCUCUUUCUUUCGCUCUCUCCGGCCCUCGUUCGGUCCUGCCCUGGAGCACCACGGUGCCAGGUAAUCUAACUGUCUGCCAAGAGACAGCGAGAGAGAGACAGAGAGACAGAAAGAGAAGGAUUUUACAUACAAACGGGAUAAAUCCUGGCACAAUUUUUAUGUAAUAUAACCCAUUACAUUGUUGGUAAUGUUUGACCUUCAACAUUCCCAGACAGGAAGCGCUUGACGUGGAUGGAAGGGGAAUGCACUGUGCCUCAGGGGCGCACUGGUGAAUUGUGGGUUGAUUGACAGCAGCCAUAAUGUAGUGUUGGUUAUAUUUUAUCUGGAAGAUGUAAUAGAUAUCAGACGACUAGAUGAAUAGAAUAUAAGAUAUUUAGGUGAAAAAAAAAAUUUGGGGGCAUAUUCGGAAAAGUUUCAGUCACAAACCCUAGAUUGUAUUUGACUGUUUCUACAUACCAAUAUCAGCUGUUGUUUCUGAACCUGGUGUGACAGUUGAUUUACAAUUUGUAUGUGUAUGUCUGAACGUGAACAUUUGGAUGCCUGCGAACCAGAGUACGUAUGUGUGCGAGUGUGUAUCUCAGAGGCUAUUUUUACUGGGUUAGAUGGACCCGCAUUAGAAGAACAGGAAGCAGAGUAAAUCUAUAUCUAUAUUAGAGCUCAGUAUAAGCUUCCAUCUAAAAGACUUUGUUAACGGUAUUUUAAAUGUUGUUUUUUUGCCAGUCGGGUACAAUGGAAACUGAGGUUUAGAACAAAAAACAAAACAAAACAGGUUUAGCAUUUAUUGAGCGACAGGAACAUCUGACCAAUGAGACACAGCCUCUGUGGUUUAGAAUCCCCAUAUGCAAAUGAGCUGCAUAGCCUAUUGAACAAAAGAGAGGUAUUCAUGAGUGCUCCGCCCCUCUGCUCAAUCUUUAAGUCUUUCAUGUCUGAUGUUUUAUUUAUUAAUAUUUAUUUGUCUGUUUUGAUUAUUUAUCCACAUAUUCAUUUAUUCAAUGUGGUUUUCAUUCUGUGUACAAAGCAUAUGUAAGGAUCACGAGAGUGCGCUAUAUUUCAAAAAGCAUACUAGCAUACUACUCUGGCUGCAGUAUAUACAAUAUAUUCUUUGCACAGUAUGCACAUUUUCUCCCAAAUUACCUAGUAAAUUUUGCCAGAAUGAGUGGUAAACAACAUAAGCUGAAUUCGGAACAUUAUUUCACUAAUGUUUUUUAAAUACACUGUAUACUAUGCAGUAAGUAAUAAGCUAGUAUGCCAUUCCAAACAUAGCCAUAUAGAGAAAGAGAGAGAGCAGGGGUGAGUAUCCAUGAUUAAUGUCAGAGGAAGAGGUGAUGUCAAAACUACACAAGUCUACAGCUGGUUAAGAGAAGGUCUGCUGCACCCACUGUCAAAUGUGGAGAACAUUGUGCAUCCCGAAUCAACAUCCUAUCAUUCAAUCCAAGCACCAUCUGCACUCUCUCUUUCUCUAUCUCUCACUCCUGUAAGUCUUCUAAGGGGACGUGUGUGCAAUCCAUUGCAUGGUAACUUGUACUGAUUGACACAGGGUCAGUAUGUACACCGGUGUGCUGUGGUUAGUACACCCGGUCCUAUAUUUAGCCCGAGGCAUGUAUGAUCAGCUUUUCUUUAAAGCAAUGACCUGAACAUUUUUUUACUUGCUUUUCUUGCAAAAAUGUUCCAUGUUGAUGAGUAGGACCAGCUUCAACUGGUCAGCAGGUUUGACCGUUUGAAUGUAUUGUCAUACACUAUUGUAAACUGGCUCUUAGAGCUUAGGAUGCCCUCUAAGGAGAUCUGCUCCUGACUCAUGGCCCUCUGCCCACCUGGCACCACAUCGCUGCUGUUUUACCCCCUUAUACCCUUCUGCACCGGCCCGCGGGAGAGGCUGUUUACCUCUCUCCCUCCAUCCCUGGAGACGUCCAAUGUGCGUCACGUUUUGUGCAUCUCUCCUUUUUGUGCCCUUGCUCGUUUUUAUUUCCCAUCUACCCUUCUUCCACAUUUCCCCUCCUAUACCGUUCUUAGCUCACCAAAAUUUUUCUACAUGGCUUUCCUAGCUGAGCAUUAAUGUGCGAAGAUUUGUUGUGUUAGUCAAAGGCUUUGUUUACAUGGGACUGAAGGGAUAAUAUAGUACAGUGUUGAAUAUGGUUAUAAUGACAGUGAUUAUGCGCCGUAGUAAACUGCUAGACUAAAGCCUGCUCCGAGGGACUGCUACCACCUCCAAAAUCCCCAUACAACCCCUGAUUAUCAUAAUAAUACUAAGAGCUAUAAUCUAGCGGAGUCAACCCACCAUGCUCCCGCUCUCUGGGUUUCUCCCUUUGUCUUUCCCCCCUCUCGCUCUUUGAGAGCACUUGUGUUCGCUGUUCUUUAGAUAUGAAAGGAGUCACCCUGAUCCGCUCUCCAUAUCGGCCUCGUUUUCAUGUCUUCACAUUCAAAUGGAGAGGCAAAGAGUGCAUGAGUAGACACCGGAUGACUAGGCCCAGGUGGAAUCUGCCAGCUUUUUUCCCCAUUUUUAUGCGGAAUGAGUUUAAAUAUGAUAAAAUGUGUUCGGUUGAGCUCCGAGCGCUACACUUUUAUAGGUAGCUGAAUGAAAUUUUCCAAAAUAUGAAAAGAACCUCUGAAAUCGCUUGACGAAUGCAGAUUUCUUUCCUAUUUUGAAUUUCCUUUUGACACAAGAAGUUCUGUCUGGAUAUAUCCACCAUUUUUAUAUAACCAAUAGCCUUUAGUUUACAUCAGUCAUCAACCAUGAUGACAGAUGGAAUUAAAGGGAAGAGCAUUCAAAUUCUAGAUCAGACUGUAGACUUGCUGCCUUUACAUGCGAUCAUAAAUUUCCUAUUUCUCACUUAAGAAGUUGUGAUUAUGAGCUUGUCCCAUUCAAGUGCUUUGUUGUCAGAAAGAAUAAAAUGUAGCAAUCCCAUUGGUUGACAAUCAUAUAAACAUUCACUGCGGUAGAUAGUUUGCUGACAAUUCUGGAAUUUAGCUGAAAUACAUGCUAGUUUCACUGUUUACAAUGGGACAUUCAGUAUGCUUCAAAUGAUCUUUCAUAUAUACCCUAUAAAUAUACUACUUUAGUGACUAGACAAAGUGAUGUAGUUCUGAGAAUAUCGUAGACGGCAGCAAUGGUUGUCCCCUCCAACAUGUUUAAAGUUUAUGGCCUGCCCAACUCGGAAACUCUGGUAAUAAAAAAUGUUUAAAAAAUUUCCCAGUAGUAAAUACGACUUGAGAGGCGAUCACGUCCAAUUUACGAUUAGGAAACUCAUAUUUACAAUAAUUACGAUAGCACGUGAAGCCAAUAUAAGUUCCAAACCUGCUCCAACACACUGUAACGUCACAACACAACGUCUGUAAUUAUCAAGUGCUCCUGAAGAUCUAAAUUAGCUGG